AUGUUAAUCCACGGCUCCAGUGGAUUAACAACCCUCAAAGUGUCGCGAAAGGGGCGAAGAGCUGCCACUUCUGAAGAGCAGCAGAAAAUGACUAAAUCCCCGGGGUUUGUGUCAUUCAAGGAUGUGACUGUGGACUUUACUCAGGAGGAGUGGCAGCAGCUGGACUCUGCUCAAAGGAGCCUGUACCGGGAUGUGAUGCUGGAGAACUAUAGCAACCUUGUUGCAGUGGCUAAUGAGCACAUCAGAGCCUCCGUGCACAGGUCACACCUCUUUAUACAACCACAAACUCUAACCCGUGGGAAACAUAAAUGUAUUCAGUGUGGAAAAGCCUUCACUGGAAAGUCAGGACUCAUUGUCCAUCAAAGAAUUCAUACUGGGGAGAGACCAUACAAAUGCAGCGAAUGUGGAAAAGCCUUUACUCAGAAGUCCCAACUCACUGUACAUCAGAGAACUCAUACAGGAGAGAAACCCUAUGAGUGUAGUGAAUGUGGGAAAGCAUUCAUCCAAAAGUCGAACUUCAUUAUUCAUCAGAGGAUUCACACAGGGGAGAAACCCUAUGAAUGCAGUGAAUGUGGGAAAGCUUUCAUCAAAAAGUCGGCACUUAGUGUACAUCAAAGAGCUCAUACUGGGGAGAAACCCUAUGAAUGCAAUGAAUGUGGGAAAACUUUUAUCAAAAAGUCAACACUCAGUGUACAUCAAAGAGCUCAUACUGGGGAGAAACCCUAUGAAUGCAAUGAAUGUGGUAAAGCCUUCAUCUGGCGGUCACAGCUCAUUGUACAUCAGAGAAUUCAUACGGGGGAGAAACCCCAUGGGUGUAGUGAGUGUGGAAAAGCUUUCAACAGGAAGUCAGAACUAAGAUUACAUCACAGAGUUCAUACUGGGGAGAAACCCUUUGAAUGUAAUGAAUGUAAAAAAGCCUUCAUUCAGAAGUCAGAUCUCAUUAUACAUCAGAGAACUCACACCGGGGACAAAAGAUAUCAAUGCAAUGAAUGUGGGAAAGCCUUCCUCCGGCGUUCUCAGUUCAUUGAACAUCAGAGGAUUCAUACUGGGGAGAAACCCUAUGAAUGCAGUGAAUGCAGAAAAGCUUUUAUCCAAAAAUCACAACUCAUUGUGCAUCAGAGAAUCCAUACUGGUACUAAACCAUAUGAAUGCAGUGAGUGUGGAAAAACCUUUAGCAAGAAGUCACAUCUCACUGUACAUUACAGAAUACAUACUGGAGAAAAACCCUAUGAAUGCAGUGAAUGUAGAAAAGCUUUCAGCAAGAAAUCUACUCUCACAGUUCACCAGAGAAUUUAUACUGGAGAGAAACCCUGUGAGUGUAAUGAAUGUGGAAAGGCCUUCAACUGGAGCACACAUCUUACUCAACACCAGAGAACUCACACUGAAGAGAAACCUUAUGUCUGUAAGGAAUGGUGGAAAAACCUUCAGCUGAAGUACACACCUCACUGCACAUCUGAAGAUUCAUUCUGGUGA